AAAUUUGCAUGAAAAAGACCAAUCUAUAAGGCUUCACAAAGAGGACGCUUGGCGUGAUGGUGCAACAACAGCUUACCAAUUGUUCAACUAUUUCUGCUCUUCCUUCCAGCUCAUGAACAACAAAAGGAAAUCGCUAAAGCUUGAAAUAAACUCUUGAGGUGGUUUCAGUUUCUGACACUCGAACAUAGCAGGAGAGCUCUUGAGAUGGGGCAUGCAUGGAGGUCUUCGUCGUCGUCGUCAUCAUCGCCGAUAAAGCUAUUGUUGUUCAUGGCACCGUUGGUUUUGGUUUCUGGGUUUGUUGCUAUUUUGGGUCCGAAAUUCUCCAGUUUGGAGUUUUUGUCUAGCCAUUCUUGGUUGUUGGGAUUUGGUGCAGCUGAUUCUUUAAACAUUUCUGUGCCAGCUUCUUCACAUGCAAAAGAGAAUAAUGAAAGUAGACUGCUGGAUUUGCAUCCUAGAGUGGCGAUGGUGGGGAUGGAAGUAGAAGAUCACAGUGCAGAAGAAAAGAAGGCUCUCUCUGAUCAAUACUCUGCGUUUAACCGCUCUUCUGCUUCUCCUCCUCCUUCUUCUCCGCCUCCUCCUCCAGUUCGUUAUUUUCCGGCGGUGGACAUUCAAGAACCUAAUGCAAGUGAAGAAGGCAAGCAAAUUUCAAGGAACAAGACUAGUAUUGUUUCCCUGGAUCUCUCCAUAAAAAACAAACAUGAAAAAGAGCAUUCCAGUUUAGAAAGGCUGGAAGCUGCUCUCCAAAUUGCUCGUUCUGCAAUUAAAGAAGCUAAAUUUGGAGAUCAAUGGCAAGAUCCUGAAUAUGUUCCAAUGGGCCCUAUGUAUUGGAACUCCAAAGUCUUCCACAGGAGUUACUUAGAAAUGGAGAAACAGUUUAAGGUCUUUGUCUAUGAAGAAGGGGAGCCACCGGUUUUUCACAAUGGUCCUUGCAAGAGUAUAUACUCCAUGGAAGGGAAUUUUAUUCACAGGAUGGAGAUGGAUGACCAUUUUCGCACCAAAGAUCCCAACAAGGCACAUGUCUAUUUCCUGCCCUUCAGCGUAGUCAUGAUGGUCCGAUUCGUCUACGUGCGCAAUUCGCAUGAUUUUGGUCCUAUUAAGAGGACCGUGAGAGAUUAUGUCGGUCUCAUUGCUGGAAAAUACCCCUUCUGGAAUCGAAGCCUUGGGGCCGACCAUUUCAUGCUUGCUUGCCAUGAUUGGGGGCCAGAAACUUCAUUUUCCGUUCCUCACCUUGCGAAGAACUCGAUUCGUGCACUAUGCAAUGCGAACACAUCGGAAAGAUUCAAUCCCAUGAAAGAUGUUUCCUUUCCGGAAAUCAAUCUCCAAACAGGUACUACAAAAGGCUUGAUAGGUGGACCAUCUCCAUCAAGAAGAUCAAUCUUAGCCUUCUUUGCUGGAGGGCUUCAUGGCCCUAUAAGGCCAAUUAUACUUGAGCACUGGGAAAACAAAGAUGACGAUAUGAGUGUCCAUCGGUACCUUCCGAAAGGCGUAUCUUACUACGAAAUGAUGAGAAAAAGCAAGUUCUGCCUCUGCCCGAGUGGUUACGAAGUUGCAAGUCCAAGAGUUGUGGAGGCAUUUUACACUGGAUGUGUGCCGGUGUUGAUCUCAGACCACUAUGUACCGCCUUUUAGCGACGUUUUGAAUUGGAAGGCGUUCUCCGUUGAGGUUCCGGUGAGUGAUAUCCCUAACUUGAAGAGAAUAUUGAUGAGUAUAUCAACUAGGCAGUAUAUUAGAAUGCAGAGAAGAGGACAACAAAUAAGGAGGCAUUUUGAGGUUAACUCUCCACCUAAACGGUACGAUGUUUAUCAUAUGAUUUUGCAUUCUAUUUGGCUCAGAAGACUGAAUGCUAGAAUCUAUGAUAGCCCACGAGCUAUCACCAGUUAAAUGUAGAGCUACAUCUUGAUGAGUAUAUAUAUCAAAUUAAAUUAGAGAAUUGUUUGUAAAGGAUUAACUCUUAUUUUUCAUUUUCGUGUUAUGACUUUUUUUGUUUUUUUGUUUUUAAUCAAUAUUUUCGUAAUGAUUCUUAUC